AUGUUGCCUUUCGCGCGCUAUCCCUCCUUACGGAGCUAUCUCAGGUUCGUUCGUGACGUGGUGUUCCAACAAAGUGUCAACGGAGUGUCUGAAGGAGCACCGUCUCGGAUCACGCUGGUCAUGGGCAACCCUUCCGCGGACUUGGACAGCUUCAUCUCCGCCGUAACACUAUCAUACUUCUACAAUCAUGCCGCUCACACAAGGGACACCAUAUUCAUCCCGCUCCUCAACAUGCCCAAGACCCCUUCCACCGACCUCUGGAGGCUGCGGCCGGAGUUCGGAGUUGCGCUGAGACUUGCAACCGCCAAGGCCAAGGAGCAACCUUCCGACUCACAAGCCAGGGAGCAGGAGAAGGAGUUGCUCAAUCAGGUGCUCACAGUCAAGGAUCUGCUGGACUGGGAUGAUACAAGACCAGAGUUGAAAGACGUCUUCCGGCCGGAUCUUGCUGAGAGCACCUCCUCAAAACAACAGAUCAUUCUUGUUGAUCAUAAUGCCCCGUCCGUUACUGUGCCGAAAGUACCAUCAUCCGCCAUCCUUGCUGGGCUCGAGAUUGUUGGCUGCAUAGACCACCAUAUGGAGGAGAACGUGGUUCCUCAGGAAGCCGAUCCCAGAAUCGUCACAACUGGCAUUGGAAGUUGCACAACGCUAGUGGUUAAUCAUCUUCGAAAGUCACGCAUCUGGCCAGGUGUGCUUGAUGACGAGCAAACUACCGCAAUCCGUGAGCUUGCACGGCUUGCACUUGCGCCAAUCUUGGUUGAUACCCACAACCUCAAAGCCUCCGGCGAAAAAUGUAGCGACCUCGACCGUGGAACCACCGGAGCGCUGGAAGUCGAGAUCAGUAGCUCGACCAUGUUCGGCGUUAAGUCCAAUUGGAAUCGGGACAACUUUUACGAUCCGAUCAUUGGAGCCAAGUUGACGGCGCUUGACCUCCUCAACGCUCAGGAGAUGUUCGAACGAGACUACAAAUCGUGGAUCGAAGGCAGUAUUGAGAUUGGGAUAUCGAGCUUGGUACGCCCGAUCCCAUGGCUUGUCGAUCACGUGGGAGGUGCAGACAAGUUGGCAGCUGAAAUACGCACGUUCGCAAAUCGCAUGCAAGACGAACAGACGGCCGAUGGCGUCGUCUUUGAUGUCUUUGUCCUUUUGACGCCCGGCGCCGACAGAGGGAAGGAGGUGUUGCUGGUCACCUUCUCGGAAAAGGCUGCCAAGUCGAUCGAGGUGUUUGAGCAGAAAUCCGAAUCACUGGGCUUGCAGACUUGGGAUAAUGAACGAUCCGAUGAGGUCUCAAGCAGUCUUAAGGACGAAUUCGGUGAAGGCUACAAGAUCUGGUGGAUGACACAGAGGGAGAAGACCAGGAAGCAGGGUGCACCGCUUGUGAGAGAAGCUGUUGCUGCUAUUCAGAAAUGA